UUUCUCUUUCUGGUAAAAUAGCCGUGUAAGUGUCCCGGCUUUUCUUCUUUCUCCUUCGAUCCAGAAUAGCGGCCAAGUUCACUGAUACCCACUUGACUGCUGAUUCUCCGAGCCGUCACAGACCGAACCCACUAUCUUUCUCCAUCUUUGGUAUCUUAUUUGGAGCUUUGCUUUAUAAAUAGAAGCUUUAAUCUACCGUAAUGCAACUACAAGUUCAUCCUCCAUGGAAUUUGAGAAGGAAUGAAACGCUAAGCCCUUUCAGGUUCGGAUCAUCGCCAACUCCGCUACUUACCUUUUUGAGAAGGUUAACUAAGAGUGAUAGCAAAAGGAGGAUCAGUAUCAAAUACCAUUCUACAAUGGCGACAGCAUCAAAUGUACAGACAGAGACAGACAAGAAGGCUGAAUCAACCCAGAAGACCAAUUACCCCCCAGUACAGGUUGCAAAGCGCUUGGAGAAGUUCAAGACCACAAUAUUCACACAAAUGAGUAUGCUUGCCAUCAAACAUGGGGCAAUUAACCUUGGCCAAGGUUUCCCCAAUUUUGAUGGCCCUGACUUUGUUAAAGAAGCAGCCAUUCGAGCUAUUAGAGAGGGCAAAAACCAGUAUGCUAGGGGAUAUGGUGUCCCUGACCUCAAUUCUGCUGUGGCUGCCAGGUUCAGGAAAGAUACUGGAUUGGAGGUAGACCCUGAAAAAGAAGUCACUGUUACCUCUGGAUGCACUGAAGCAAUUGCCGCCUCCAUGUUAGGCUUGAUAAAUCCUGGUGAUGAGGUGGUAGUCUUUGCUCCAUUUUAUGAUUCUUAUGAAGCCACACUUUCAAUGGCUGGAGCCAAAAUGAAAUCCAUCACCCUCCGGCCGCCAGAUUUCUCAAUCCCAAUAAAUGAGCUCAAGUCUGCUAUUUCAAAGAACACUCGGGCAAUACUUAUGAACACUCCUCAUAAUCCCACUGGUAAAAUGUUCAGUAGGGAAGAGCUCAAUGUAAUUGCAUUUCUUUGCAUAGAGAAUGAUGUGUUGGUCUUUUCUGAUGAAGUUUACGACAAGUUGGCAUUUGAAGCUGAACAUAUUUCUAUUGCUUCACUUCCGGGUAUGUAUGAGAGGACUGUGACCAUGAACUCUCUAGGCAAGACUUACUCCUUGACAGGAUGGAAGAUUGGGUGGGCAAUAGCUCCACCACAUCUGACAUGGGGAGUCAGGCAGGCACACUCAUAUCUCACCUUUGCCACCUCUACUCCAAUGCAAUGGGCAGCUGCAGAAGCUCUUCAAACUUCAGAUUCAUACUAUGAAGAACUAAAAAGGGAUUACAUGGUCAAGAAAGCAAUAUUGGUUGAGGGACUGAAGGCGGUCGGUUUCAUAGUGUACCCAUCAAGUGGGACUUACUUUGUGGUGGUAGAUCACACUCCUUUUGGGUUAGAAAAUGAUGUUGCAUUUUGUGAGUAUCUGAUCAAGGAAGUGGGUGUUGUAGCAAUCCCUACUAGUGUCUUUUACCUCAACCCAGAAGAUGGAAAGAAUCUGGUAAGGUUCACCUUCUGCAAAGAUGAGCAGACUCUUAGGGAUGCAGUUGAUCGGAUGAAAGAGAAGCUGAGAAGAAGAUAAACAGUUUUAUAUGCUUUUUAGGUAUCUGACCUCAAUUUAAAAUAAAAGGAAAAAGAUAUAUUCAACCAUACCUAUGCUGGGAAAUGGUUGAAAGCUGACUAUAUGGGAGAUUGUUAUUUUUUGGUCCUAAUUUUUAUGCUUAAAUAUUUGUCCCAGGAAUUUUCAUUCUCAAAUGGUGGAAUAUAUUUAAUUUUCAUUGUCA